CCCUCGGACUCCCAGCCCAGCUGCACUUCUUUUGAUCAUUCAGAUUUCCUCCAAAUGCAUGUUGUCUUUAAUUAAUUGAGUGUCCUGUGGAAAGCGAGGUGCGGGAGACAGGCAGAGAACAGCUAUAGCUACACAAUUAAAAUACAAACCAAGACUGCUGAAUUUACUGAAUGCAAGUGCUGAAGUGACUAAUAACCUUUUUUGUGGUUAAUGUUUUGCUCUGAGAACAGACCCAGGAGCAGAGAUGGAGGGCAUGGAUUUUGAAGAUGAAAAGUCCAAGAGGUACUGCAUGAAGACAAAGCACGUGGCUAUCAUCUGUGGAGUUGUGGUCAUUGUAGGACUUGCUGUGGGGCUUGGUGUGGGAUUGAGCAGACCUAAACCUCCAAAGGCAACAGAGCAAUCAACAACAGAUCAGACGACAACAACAGAUCAGCCUCCUCCCCCAGUGGAUUUGGGUCCCUGUCCUUCCAAGAAUGAUGAGACUGGAGACUGGAGAGAUUUUAGGCUGCCCACUUAUGUCAAGCCUAUCCACUACGAUCUGGAAAUCAAGCCUGAAAUGGAGAAAGACACUUACACUGGGACAGUCAAUAUAUCUAUUGCUUUGGAAAAACCAACCAGCUCCCUGUGGCUUCACCUGCGAGAGACCAAGGUUACAGAAAUACCCACACUCCAGAAAUCUUCAGGACAGCAGAUUGUUCUGAAUGACUGCUUUGAGUACAAGCCACAAGAAUACAUAGUGAUGAAGGCAGCAGCAGAGCUCCCUGUCACUGAUGAAAAUGAUCCCUAUGUACUCACCCUGAAGUUUCAAGGCUGGCUGAAUGGUUCCCUGGUUGGGUUUUAUAGGACCACCUAUACUGAGAACGGAACGAUCAAGAGCAUUGCAGCUACUGAUCAUGAGCCAACAGAUGCACGGAAAUCAUUUCCCUGCUUUGACGAGCCAAACAAAAAGGCAACUUACAACAUAUCCAUCAUCCAUCAAGAUGUGUACCAUGCGCUUUCAAACAUGCCAGUACAGAAAACUGUGCGGCUUGGUGAUGGCUGGAAUCGAACAACUUUUGAGAAGUCAGUCCCCAUGAGCACUUACUUGGUAUGCUUUGCGGUGCACCAGUUUGACUGGGUAGAGAGAAUAUCCGCUAGUGGAAAACCUCUAAGAGUUUACGCCCAGCCACAGCAAAUACACACGGCACAAUAUGCAGCAAAUGUAACAAAAAUUAUAUUCGACUUCUUUGAACGGUACUUUGAUUUGAACUAUUCUCUUCCAAAACUAGAUAAAAUAGCUAUUCCAGAUUUCGGGACAGGUGCUAUGGAGAACUGGGGGCUGAUCACAUACCGAGAAACAAACCUGCUGUAUGAUCCCGAGGAGUCAGCCACAUCCAACAAGCAGAGAGUAGCUGCUGUGAUAGCCCAUGAGCUCGUUCAUCAGUGGUUUGGAAAUAUUGUAACCAUGGACUGGUGGGAUGACUUGUGGUUAAAUGAAGGAUUUGCCAGUUAUUUUGAGUUCCUGGGAACGAAUGUAUCAGAACCAGAGUGGCAAAUGCUUGACCAGGUUUUAAUUGAUGAUGUGCUUCCUGUACUGAAGGAUGACUCUUUGCUGUCUUCCCACCCAGUUGUAGUCGAGGUGUCAUCUCCAGCUGAAAUUACCUCUGUGUUUGAUGGGAUAUCCUACAGUAAGGGUGCAUCGAUCCUCAGAAUGAUUCGAGACUGGAUUACACCAGACGUCUUCCAGAAAGGCUGUCAGGCAUAUUUGAAGAAACAUCAUUUCCAGAAUGCCAAGACACAACAAUUUUGGGAAGCUCUGGAAGAGGCAAGUAAUAAGCCUGUGAAGGAAGUCAUGGACACAUGGACUAGGCAGAUGGGCUACCCUGUUUUGGAGAUGGGAAGUAAUUCAGUAUUCACACAGAAACGUUUUCUUUUGGAUCCCAAUGCAAAUGCUUCUCAUCCUCCUUCUGAUCUUGGUUAUAAAUGGAAUAUACCAGUCAAAUGGAGGCUUGGGGAUUCAUCAGGUUAUACUUUCUACAACGCAUCAAAUUCUACAGGAAUUACAAUACCAGCUUCUCCUGAUACUUUUCUGAACGUUAAUCCAGACCACAUUGGAUUCUUUCGGGUGAAUUAUGAUAGUCAAAACUGGGCCAGGUUAAGCACUCUUCUGCUCCAAAACCACGAAAGUUUUUCAGUUGCUGAUCGUGCAGGGAUUUUGGAUGACGCUUUUUCUUUAGCAAGACCUGGACUUGUGAAUUACUCUGUUCCCCUGGAGCUCACAAAAUACCUAAGAAACGAAACAGAGUAUUUACCUUGGCAUACAGCUAUAUCAGCUGUAACUUACCUCGCAAACAUGCUCGAAGAUGAUACAAAUGUCUAUUCCCUGUUUCAGGGAUAUUUUCGCAAUCUGGUAAAACCAAUUGUGGAUCAACUGCGCUGGGAGGAUACUGGAAGCCAUUUACAGAGGCUUCUUCGUGCAUCUGUUCUAGACUUUGCCUGCAGUAUGGGUGACCCAGAAGCUUUGAACAACGCCUCUCAACUCUUCAAUAGAUGGUUACAGGGAGAAACUAUUGCUGCAAAUCUCCGACUCAUAGUAUAUCGCUAUGGGAUGCAGAACUCAGGCAAUGAGACAUCAUGGAAUUACAUGUUCAAGAAAUACCAAGAAACUUCAUUAGCUCAAGAAAAAGAAAAGCUGCUAUAUGGCCUGGCAUCAGUGAGGAACAUCACCCUUUUGGAUAGGUAUCUGAAAUAUAUUUACAACACCAGCCUCAUCAAAAGCCAAGAUGUGUUCACAGUCCUGAGAUACAUCUCAUAUAACAUCUAUGGGAAAACAAUGGCCUGGGACUGGAUACGACUGAACUGGGAGUACUUAGUUAACAGAUUCACUAUAAAUGACAGAACCCUUGGUCGAAUAGUAACUAUUACCCAAACCUACAACACUGAACUCCAGCUUUGGCAGAUGGAAAAUUUCUUUGAAAAAUAUCCUAAUGCUGGGGCAGGAGAAUUGCCCAGGAGUCAGUCACUGGAGCAAGUGAAGAGCAACAUUGAAUGGCUAAAAGAAAACAAGGAGGAAAUACAAACAUGGCUGAAAGCACAGUAAGGCUUCAAAGUCUUACUUUGUGAAAAAGAUCAGGCACUCAGAUCUUCAAAGAUGUUUAGCAAUGUGGAUUUCUCACCUAGGUAUCUUAGAGGACCAAGACCUAACAUUUUUUUCUACAAACACUCAGGAGACCACUGCCAGAGCAAUGUUUGUGUAAUUGCUUAGCAGGAAUAGCUUUAUAUGUUGAGAGCUGAAUUUGCCUGAACAAACAGGACAAGGAUUUAAAGUCACUCAAGGCAGAAGUGAUGGCAGAACUGGAGUGAGUCCUCGCUGAUCACUCUGGUCUCACUCCUUAUGCACACCAUUCUGAAAAGCUACUUCUUGGUUCGCACAGAAGUAUAUCUAGUACACUCAGGGAUUCCUUUCCAAGUGCACCUCAUAGGAGCUUUCUCCUGAAGGAAAGGGAAUUAAACAGUAAUUUUAACAUUGUCUGAAGAUCAUCCCCUAUAUUUAUAGCUGUAAAAAUUCUACAUCUGGGAUUUAGGUUUGCUUUUUGAUACUACAGAAAGGCCAGUUAAGCUUUCCUCUCAAUUGAUUUUUGAAGUUUAACUACCAGUACACAAGGGAUCAAUAUUAUCAACUUCUUUUUCAAUGUUAUUAGUUGGGAUUCUGUAGCUUAGGGUAGGGGUUGUCUUGGUUAUUUUUGUCUUAUUUCUAAAUCUUUUCCAAAAAAAAAAGUUCUUGUGGCAGCCAAUACGACAAAAAAGACAAGCUUUACUUACUGUUUGUUUGCUUAUAGAAAAAUAAAAUGUAAAAGUCUA